GGGCCCUACAGAAUUUACUUAUGCAAUCCGAAUCAUGGUUCAACGUGCUUCAACCGUGAGAAUGAUGAAUGGGUAAAAGUGUAUACGCUACUAAAUUCAAUUAGCUAGCAUUCCUCUCAAGAACUGUUACCCCUACAAACCGAAGCUGAGAGGCUCUAACAAUAGAGAAAACAAGAGGGAGAAGCAAAAGAACCCAACAAGCUUUCUGGGAUAAUGUUUGUGCAAGCAGUACUAGUUUUGGUGGUGAUUUUGAUUGGAUGGGCUUAUCAAGCCAUCCAACCUCCACCACCAAAGUUCUGUGGUUCUCCGGAUGGCCCACCUGUUACUUCACCUAGAAUCAGAAUUAGAGAUGGAAGGUAUCUGAGCUACAAAGAAAGAGGAGUCCCCAAGGAUACUGCUACCUACAAAAUCAUCGUUGCCCAUGGCUUCGCUGACUCCAAAGACUGUGUCAUACCGGUUUCUCCAGAGCUGGUAGAAGAGCUUGGGAUUUACCUUCUCUCCUUUGAUAGAGCUGGGUAUGGAGAGAGCGACCCGAAUCCAAAAAGAUCGGUGAAAAGCGAAGCUUUCGACAUUCAAGAUCUUGCCGAUCAGUUGGAGAUCGGAUCGAAGUUCUAUGUGAUUGGAAUCUCCAUGGGAGCUUACUCUGCUUGGAGCUGUCUCAAACACAUUCCACACAGGUUGGCAGGUAUAGGGCUGAUAGUUCCAAUGGUUAACUACUGGUGGCCUUCAUUUCCUGCCAAUCUAUCUGGAGAUGGCUUCAGGACACUGCCUGAACAAGACCAAUGGACGCUUCGGAUUGCACAUUAUGCCCCUUCUCUGCUGCACUGGUGGAUGACUCAGAAAUGGUUCCCCUCACUAAGCCUCUUAAAAGGCCACCAAGGAAGUUACAGCCAUCAAGACAGAGAGAUUCUUCAGAAUAUGUUGGCAGCCAAAACGCAUAAUAAGGUACUCCCUUCUCUUCCUAGUUCCCGUACUUCAUUGCUGCGUUUGGUUGCACUAUUGAAUCUGAUUCGAAACUACUACCUCUAUUGCUGCGGCCUCGGGGACUGGUGCGAUGCUGCUGUUGAGGUGGCCUCGGUGGUGGGGGCUAUUAUUGUUACUGAUGUGGGGGUCUCUACUGUUGCUAUGGUGGAGGUUGCUAUGGACCUCUCGGUUGCUGCUGCUGGGGGCGAGGACACUCCCACUAUGGUGCCCCGUCGCACUGCACAGAAAAUAGGUACUGGUGAACUGCCUCGAAGGUAG